AAAGCUGAUUGGUGAUAUCAUGUACUUGAGAUAUCAGUAGAUUGAGAAGGGUAGGAAGAUUCCACAUAAGUUAGAAUGUUAGAUUGGUGCCUGUACUUGUAAUAGAGGGACAGUAUUGUGUGCAAAAUAGAUACUUUCUUGAAGAAUGAAGAGUAUUAUAGUACUUAUAUUCGUUGCUAUCACUGUCGUGGGACUAGUGAAUGCUGAAUGCAUAGUCGAUGAGUGUGUGAAAUCAUGUCAACAGAAGGAGUACAGCUCAGGGCAGUGUACCAACCGCUAUGGACUGGAUCGUUGCGUCUGCAUCGGUGGCCACCACAACAACGACUGCGAAACCUACUGUCAUGAAAUAGGAAGGCAAGGUGGCACCGAAUGGUAUGGAAAAUGUAUAUGCGCUUAAGGAAGUUUAAGAUACAAUCCUUUUUCUGUCAUACGAUGUAAUAAUAGAAUAAAACAGAUUGUGUGAA